CUGGCUCACAGAACCCGCUUCUGAUCAAGACAGGUCGACAAGUGGAUAACACAAAGACCAGGAGAAGCUUCUCUGGAGCAAACCCUGACCUAUCGGACUAUUCUUGUGCAUUUUUCCUCUUACGGAUCAUAGAACAAGCAAAGUCUGCAAACAUGCCCGUGUCAAGGAUGAGGAUGAGGCCAUGGCUGGAGCAGCAGAUCGAGUCAAAGGCAGUCUCGGGUCUGAAUUGGGUGGACAAGGAAAAGACGAUGUUCUCAAUCCCCUGGAAGCAUGCGGCUCGCCACGGCUGGGAGCUGGACAAGGAUGCAAGUCUGUUCAAGCAGUGGGCCAUCCACACAGGAAAAUACGUGGAAGGUCAGGCCUGCGACCCAAAGACAUGGAAAGCCAACUUCCGCUGUGCAAUGAACUCACUGCCUGACAUCGAGGAGGUGAAAGACAGGAGCGUUAACAAAGGCCACCAAGCUGUGCGCGUCUUCAGGAUGCUGCCUGCCAGCCCAAAAUCUAGAGAUAAACGAAGCAAAGCAAAGGAGCCAAAGACAAGGAAGAAGAGCUCAAUGAUCAAGGUGGAGGAAGACACAGACUGCAGCGAAGCUCAGUCUCCCAUGGACGAGUCAAUGCCAGAGGACACUUUCUCCACUCAGGAGAACACAGUCGACAGCACAGUGCACACAGAGCAGCAAGAUUUCACAUAUGUGUCUACGUCUGAAGUUCCUGAUUGGUCUUUGUCAGUUGAGAUCGCCCCUGAGAACUUUCCAACCAACUUCUGCCACAGAUUCGAAGUUUCACCUGAGCACAGCACUGAUUUUGACUAUACCGACGACAUUGUCCAGAUUUGCCAGCAACUGGAGAAAGAAACAAACUGGAUGUCAAGCAGUUUAGACGGCAAGGGGUUCCUGAGCAAUGAAGCAUGCACCAGUCCAGGGAGCCAGUGGAGUGAAUCAGCAUCUUCAGUUGAAGAACUAGACGACAUUCCUGAGUACAUAACUUUGGGCACAGGCAUCACAAAUCCCACAGAUGACCUCUGGAACAGCUUUUGUCAGCAGAUGCCCUUGCUCUGAGAUCUUCAGGCUCAGACAGUGCUCUGACAAUUUGGACUUGUUUAAAAUCACAUCCUGCCCCCCAGCCUCCCUUUUUGAGCCCUCCUCGCAGUUAACUCAACACCAUCAUCAUCAUCAUCCCUCCAGUCCGUGAUGAGCUGUCUCCACCACACUCUAAGCUAACAACCACUCCCCGUCCUCACCUGUGUGCCGUGACGAUCCGUAGCAGUUGAGAGCUUUCCUCAUCUCCCUCAACCUCUGUAUGAAGCCAUGAAGAGAAGAUAUGAAGUGCACUGAUGUGUUAGGAAAACUCACAUGCUGUUCAUUUUCUAUGCUAUUGGCUGGUUCAAGGCAUUUUGGUGCUCAGCUUUUUUUGUGUUGAGUUGUAUUAGCACAGACAUUGUGGACUUCUGUGGAUACAUACAAGGUAGAUAAUACUCACCUCAAAAAUGCAGAUUUUCUUAUUCAUUAUGCUCAAAUAUAUCAUGUGAAAUCUAUUUUUUCCGUUAUGUAAACAAGUUAACUUCAGUUUAAGGGAUGAGGAUACGUUUGUCUUAACUUCUGGUUGAAGCUCUACUUCAAAAUCUUACAGGUUUUUCGCUCAAGGCAGGUGGAAACAAUUUCUGUACAUAGUUUUUGUUUGUGUUUGUUGUUGUUUUUAUAUAAAAAAUAAAAAAAUCUUAAUGUGAA